ACGCAAUGCGAGGAAAGCGUAGGGGGGGGCAGGGGGGUGUCCCGUCGGCGCUCGCAGACAGCGGGGAGCAGCUGCGGCAAGAAGACCUGGUCGCAUUUCACUGCACUGCGAGUGAGACACUUUGAGCGCAUUUUUCUCAAAAACCUACCUUCAGGCCUAUAUCACCUCUACUUUUAAAAAUGGUAGACCGCGAGCAGCUGGUGCAGAAAGCCAGGCUGGCCGAACAGGCUGAAAGAUAUGACGAUAUGGCAGCUGCCAUGAAAUCGGUGACAGAGCUGAAUGAGGCUCUGUCCAACGAGGAGAGGAACCUAUUGUCAGUAGCCUAUAAGAAUGUUGUUGGGGCCCGGCGCUCUUCCUGGCGCGUCAUCUCCAGCAUUGAGCAGAAGACUUCGGCAGAUGGCAACGAAAAGAAGAUCGAGAUGGUGAGGGCCUACCGUGAGAAGAUAGAGAAGGAGCUGGAGGCUGUGUGCCAGGAUGUUCUUAAUCUGCUGGACAACUUCCUAAUUAAAAAUUGCAGCGACACGCAGCAUGAGAGCAAAGUUUUCUACCUGAAGAUGAAGGGCGACUACUACCGCUACCUGGCUGAGGUGGCCACGGGUGAAAAGCGGGCUGCGGUGGUCGAGUCCUCCGAGAAGGCCUACAGUGAGGCGCAUGAGAUCAGCAAGGAGCACAUGCAGCCAACCCAUCCCAUCCGCCUGGGUCUGGCUCUCAACUAUUCGGUCUUCUACUACGAGAUCCAGAACGCACCCGAACAGGCCUGCCACCUGGCCAAGACCGCCUUUGAUGAUGCCAUCGCCGAGCUCGACACCCUCAACGAGGACUCCUACAAAGACUCCACGCUCAUCAUGCAGCUGCUCCGGGACAACCUCACGCUGUGGACGAGCGACCAGCAAGAUGACGAGGGAGGGGAGGGCAACAAUUAAAAAGUAACCCACACACGAAAAAAAAUAAGUUAAAAAAAGGGCCGGUGGACUUUGGCAGCCGCUUUUGCCGAUGAAACUACCGCAGCAGCUGUUCUUUAUUUUUCCACGAGUUAAAGAAAAAAUGAAUUAAGAGCGAUGGGGAGGUUAAAUAUUAGUUUAAAAAUAGUAAAAAAAUAAAUACAUUAAAAAAAAACCCUCCUCCUUGAUUGCCUCUUUGACAUUUGCCAAAACACCACUUAGAGGAAAGUCAGUCAGUCAAGAGUGGCUGUUGGGUUGGAACGGCAGCCUGACACUGGCAUUCGGACUGUUCUUGUAGUGCAAACAAAGUGGAGCUGCAUAUUUAACUUCAAGGGUGAGGGAGACGUAUUUAAAAAGAGUAGGGAGCAACAAAGCUUGAGCAAAAACUUGAAUGUCAUCGCCUUGCAGAACAGUUUGCAGUGGUUCCAGUAAGCAUGAGAAGUACCACAUUUGAGCCAUCUCAAAAGUACUUUUGGUAUCCAGAAUACACCCAACAAUGGCAGCCGCUUCAAUAAGCAAGCUCCAGCCUGUCAAAAAACGUAGUCAAUAGUAAUACACGUUACUGUUGGUCCCAGACAUGAGAAUUGGAAUAAUUUAAUACAUUUGUACCCACUGUGUUGACUGUGCUCCAUAUGAAGAAACAGCACAGCUCCAGUAUUAUUAUUAUUGUUACUAUUAUUAUUUUUGGUAGUAGUGCUAAGUCACCUGUCUGACUUCUGGGAAAAUUUACAAGAACACUUAUUAGGGUAAGAAAAGUGUAAUAUUUCAUAGAAAACAAGUAAUUUGAAAAGCAUUAGUCUAAAAACAAAUGGAGAAACAGUAAAAUGGUCAGGAGAAUGUACUGACUUGAUUAUAUAUUUUGUUUACUUAAGUCUACCUAUGACACCCAUGUUAUUAAUGAAUUGAUUCAGGCAAAUUAUUCAGACCUUGUAACACAGAAUCUACUGGAACCACCGACUUUUAGAGGACUUAAUACCAUGAAGACAGAGCACUGGCGAUAUUUAGUGGAACAUGAUCUUAAAGCAGCUUCGAGGUUUGUGGUUUACUUUGUUUUGUGUUUAUUUUUAUUUAUUUAUUUUUUUAAUUUUGGAGAAAUGCACUUGCCUAUUAUACUGUUUCUUCAGUGUAAGAUGAUUACUGCUCCAAUAUUCUCGAUAAUACAAUAUUGUGCAUGCUGGUGAUGUAUUUAUAUACAGUAGCUUGUCUUUAUUAACUUAUACUGUAGGUGUUAUGUAUUCAUAUGACCAAGAAAUAACUAGAAUUCAAUUGGAUUAUUUCCUAUUUAUUAAUUUUUGUUGGACUGUUAAGUUUGUUUUUUUUUUUCAUUUGCUGAAGUACGCUAUACCAAAACAGUGAUUGUUAACAAUAAAUUGAUCUGUUAUGGACGUUGCUAUAGUGACAUG